ACAAAAUACAGUGUAUGCACAUAAAAGGGAAUUGUUGGCCUGCAUCAUAGUAUUCUUUUUGAAGAAAUUUAACAAUCUAUUUUCUAAAUGCAUGCAGAUAUAGCUUUUAUGCAAAUGUGGGACAGUCCAAAUUCAUUCAAGUGUAAAUCCUGACUGAGAAAAAGAAAAACAGCAGUGCGUUAGUACAAUAGCAGUGAAGACUGGGAUCAGUGUUGUAUAAAGACUGAUCUGCAUUAUUUCAGAACGUUUUUUAAUCUCUGGACCAAACAUUUGUUAACGCAAUGGGGACAGUCACAAACCUUCUCCUCUGCAGCUUUGUCGUGGGUAUUGCUCAGAAUGAGAUUACUUUAGAGCCGGACAGGCCCUUUUUGAGGAUACAUGUCUCCCAGAGAGCUGUCUUGGAGUGCUGCUUCCGUGCCAAUGUAUCAGUGAAUACAACUUGGAUCAAACACCCUUCCAACAAAACCCUGGCUCCACAUGCUGUGGCUUUUUCAGGCCGUGAGGCUAAAGACCACAAGAUAAACCUAUUCUGUGGCAACCUAACCUUCAACGCAGUCCAGCUGAAUGACUCUGGACUGUACCAGUGUUUGCUGAACAACCGCCUCCUCUCACAUGGCACCUACCUGCAGGUCUACAAACCAAUGGAGAAGACAAUAAACCUCAGCGAAAGCACCAAAAACAAGAUCCUGACAGCUGAGGGAGUCUUACUGCUACUGUGUGUGCUUGUGCCUUCUGUCACCCUUCUCUUUCAGUCAAAAAGACUAAAUGAACUGGAGAAAAAGAAAGCAAAGAAGGAAGAGGAAAACAUAUAUCAGGGGCUAAAUCUGGACGAUUGUUGUUCCACAUAUGAUCAGAUUGAACGCUCCCAGGCACAUGGUCCAUACCAGGAUGUGGGCAACAUUAAAGAGGAGGAGGAGCAGAUUCAACUGGAGAAACCCUGAAUCAAAGGGGAAGAUAGAGAAAGGGAGAGUGUUGAGUCUAUUUUAAAAGAUUAACUGUAUCUGAAUUCAAGGACAUUCUCCAACACGCAUAUUUGGAAUUUUGUACAUAGCCUGCAGUUACAGUUUUAGCGUCUGAUAACAUUGUUUAAUCAGCUUGUUUAAUUUCAGAUGCAACAUUAAUUUUUGAACUUGGAAACAUCAGUUGACAAAACAACCUCACAAGGGUCUACUCAGUUAGGGCCAUAGCAAUUCAACUGAUCUCGACAGACCUCCACUGCUCUGCUCCUCCACGUAGGGAAGUCAAGCACCGUUCAUCUAAACCCACUGUCCACACAAAGAUGACACUGGUUUAAAUUUGGCAAAGUAUCCCUUUAACAGAGGACACACCCUCUGUAGCUGCAGCCAGGCACACUUGUGUGAUGCGAUCAAAAUCUCCAGAACAGCUUCUGAGUGGACUUAUUGGUGAGAUUGUUUUGUUAUCAGCUUCUUUAAUGUUCAUUUAAAAAUAUAUAUAUGAAUUUCCUGCAUUUUACUGAAUGGCUUUAUGAUGUGUGACAAUGUAUCUGCUUUCUUCCAUUUCUGUGAGUACUCAACGAAUAAAAAAAAUCCAACAAA